CCCAUUCGCUGCCAAGGAACUUAUAUUGAAGAGGUGUAAGCAGUGGGCGGUGUCCCGUGGCUAAGCUGCGGAAGAGGGGCGGUUUCCCAGCGUGCUGUGCGGCAGUUGGAGAGCACGUUGUAGCGGUUCUGAGCCCGGGUGAAUACAGCUGAAGAUGGAGGGCCCGCUAGCCGUGUUCGGGGAGCGCACCACCGGGGAGGCCGUCAGGAGCCAGAAUGUGAUGGCAGCCGCUUCUAUUGCUAAUAUCGUAAAAAGUUCACUUGGUCCUGUUGGUUUGGAUAAAAUGUUGGUGGAUGAUAUCGGGGACGUCACCAUAACUAAUGAUGGUGCAACAAUCUUGAAGCUGCUAGAAGUAGAACAUCCUGCAGCUAAAGUGCUUUGUGAACUUGCUGAUCUGCAAGAUAAUGAAGUUGGAGAUGGGACAACAUCAGUUGUGAUUAUUGCUGCAGAGUUACUGAAGAACGCUGAUGAGCUGGUGAAACAGAAAAUACACCCCACUUCUAUUAUUGGAGGAUAUCGUCUGGCAUGCAAAGAAGCUGUUAGAUACAUCAAUGAGAACCUGACUAUUAACACUGAUGAGCUGGGGAAGGAUUGUCUUCUUAAUGCCGCCAAUACCUCGAUGUCCUCCAAAAUAAUCGGAGUUGAUAGUGACUUCUUUGCUUCUAUGGUAGUCGAUGCUGCUCUAGCUGUAAAAUAUGUGGAUUCUAAGGGUCAAGCCCAUUACCCAAUUAACUCCAUAAAUGUGCUUAAAGCUCAUGGCCGGAGCCAGAAAGAGAGCAUUCUUGUUAAUGGUUAUGCCCUAAACUGUAUUGUCGGCUCACAAGGAAUGAAUAAAAGGAUCACUAAUGCAAAAAUCGCCUGCCUAGAUUUCAGUCUACAGAAAACUAAAAUGAAACUUGGAGUGCAAGUGAUUAUUUCCGACCCAUCCAAGUUGGACCAGAUCAGGCAGAGAGAGUCUGACAUUACCAAGGAGAGGAUCCAGAAGAUUUUGGCAACUGGAGCCAAUGUUAUCCUCACUACUGGUGGAAUCGAUGACAUGUGUCUGAAGUAUUUUGUUGAUGCAGGUGCAAUGGCUGUACGGAGAGUAUUAAAGAAGGAUUUGAAGCGCAUUGCUAAAGCAACUGGAGCUACUGUUUGUUCAACCCUUGCAAACCUGGAGGGUGAAGAAAGCUUUGAGGCGUCCAUGUUGGGACAAGCUGAAGAGGUUGUACAAGAGAGAAUAUGUGACGAUGAGCUUAUUCUUGUUAAAAAUACGAAGGCCCGAACAUGUGCGUCUAUAAUCCUUCGUGGUGCCAAUGACUUCAUGUGUGAUGAGAUGGAACGCUCUGUCCAUGAUGCCCUCUGUGUAGUGAAGAGAGUGCUAGAAUCAAAAUCUGUGGUACCAGGUGGUGGCGCUGUGGAAGCAGCACUUUCCAUUUACCUUGAAAAUUAUGCUACUAGCAUGGGCUCAAGGGAGCAGUUGGCAAUUGCAGAGUUUGCAAGAGCACUUCUAGUUAUUCCGAAGACCCUGGCUGUGAAUGCAGCACAAGACUCUACUGACCUGGUCGCCAAGCUGCGAGCUUUCCAUAAUGAGGCUCAAGUCAACCCAGAGCGCAAAAAUCUUAAGUGGAUUGGUCUAGAUCUGCUCAAUGGAAAGCCUAGGGAUAACAAACAAGCAGGGGUCUUGGAACCCACUGUUGUCAAAACAAAAAGCCUGAAGUUUGCAACAGAAGCUGCAAUUACAAUCCUCCGAAUUGAUGAUAUCAUCAAACUACAUCCAGAGAGUAAAGAGGAAAAGGGCAAAUAUCAUGAGGCAGUGCAGUCUGGGUCCAUUGAAGGCUAAUGUGUCAUAGAACUUGGUUUCUUUUUUCUUUUUUUUUUUUUUUUUGUAUUACUGUAACUUAUAACUAGUAACUCUUAUUGAUUGUUUAUCUUGCACUUCUUGGUAUUGUACCAAACCCAGUCACUCAGACACUUAAUAAAUGUAAAGUGUGAGCAAAUUAUUUUUUUCUG